AUGACCAAUGAGUGCGAGUCCCAUGAAGACCAAAACCGCAUUCGCUACCUAUUUUACGGAAUCCUCACCUUGAUUAUCCUUACACUCCUCACAAUCUUCCUAACCUGGAUCAUACUCCGACCAACCAAUCCACGUUUCACCCUCCAAGACAUAAGGGUCAUCGCCUUCAACCUUACCACCACCGGAGAACCACCGUCCCUAACCAUCCCAACACUAAACACCGUAACCCUCACAAUUCAAGCCACUCUUUCAUCCUUAAAUCCAAACUCAAAAAUCGGCAUUUACUAUAUUAAACUUGACGCCUACGCUUCCUAUAGAGGACAACAAAUCUCUCUUCCAAUUGGACUUCCAGAAACUUAUCAAAGUCACGGUGACAUCUCCAUUUGGUCGCCGAUGUUAUACGGAUUGGCUGUUCCAGUUUCGCCUUACUUGUCGGAGAUUCUGCGGCAGGAUCUAACUUCAGGUGGAGUUUUAGUGGACGUUAAAGUUAACGGGAGAGUUAGGUGGAAGGUUGGGACUUGGGUUUCUGGAGGGUACCAUAUUGAUGUGAACUGUCCCGCGUUUAUUCGGGUUAACGGCAAUAAAGGUGGUGACAGGUUCGAAGGUUCUAAUCUGGCGGUUAAGUUUCAGUUAUCACAAAGUUGUGUUGUUGAUGUUUAA